AUGGCAGCAGCCAGAGCAGGAUUCAGCCCUCUGCUCCUGCUCCUGCUGCUGGGGCUAUGGCUAGCUGAGGUCCCAGUCAGUGCCAAGCCCAGCAACAUGACCGCAGCUCAGUGGUUUGCAACGCAGCACGUGCAGCCCAAACCCCAGGGAUGCGACACUGCAAUGAACAACAUCAACAAAUACACGAAACGCUGCAAAGACUUCAACACCUUCCUGCAUGAAUCCUUCUCCAGUGUGGCCACCACCUGUCAGACCCCCACCACAGCCUGCAAGAAUGGCCGUAAAAACUGCCACCAGAGCCAAAGGCCUGUGUCUCUGAGCACAUGUAAGCUCACCUCGGGGAAGUAUCCAAACUGCAAGUACAAAAAGAAGCAACUGGUCGCUUCUUACAUUGUAGCCUGUGACGCUCCCCAGGCAGGAGGCUCUGGGAAAUUCAAGCUGGUCCCUGUGCACUUGGACUAG